GUGGGGAGAGACGGAAACCCUGGCAAUGGCGGCGGCUUAGCAGGAGGCGGAGGCCCGAGUGAUCUUCGUUUGAUUGCACCAAAGGGAAGAAAACACAGGACUACCGAGAAGAUUGACAGCUAGUUUGGACAAAGAUUCAAUAUUUUACAUCACUAUCUAGUAAAUUACUUGAGUAUGUACUGAAUUCCCAGACAGGAAUCAGCAAAACAGCUUUUUGCAUGAUAACAAUGGAUGAGGAGAGUCUGGAAACAGCAAUUCAAACCUAUAAAGCACAAUUGCAGCAAGUGGAGCUUGCUUUAGGGGCGGGAUCGGAUCCAUCACAGCAAUCUGAUUUGAUCCAACUGCAGGAGGAUUUGAAACAAUUGAUAGAACUGACUGAAUCCAGUCUGGUGUCAGUGAAAAAGAGUAAACUACUGGCCACUUUAGACACAGAUGCACCCUCCAUUUCUCCAGCAGGUCACCUAAAACAAGACAGUAAUUCAGGCAGGUCCUGCAAUGAUGAGGAGUAUGCUGCUUUUAAGGAAGCUAUUGCUGAACUCAAGCCAUUGAGUACUAAAGACGAGGCCUCUCCAAAGGAAGAUGGAGAGGCUGAUGGGGAAAAUGAAUCAAAGUACAGUGAAGAGGAGGAAGCCUCUGAGGAAGAGGAGGAGGAAGUGAGUGGGAUGAAGGUUAAAGCCCCGUACUACAGUCCAUGGGGUACCCUGGAGUACCAUAAUGCCAUGAUUGUGGGGACAGAGUGUUUGGAAGAUGGCAGUGCAGGAGUCCGAGUGCUGUAUCUCUACCCAACUCACAAGUCCUUGAAGCCUUGUCCAUUCUUCUUGGAUGGCAAAUGCAGAUUUAAAGAGAAUUGUCGGUUUUCCCAUGGGCAAGUGGUAUCUGUGGACGAGCUUCAUCCAUUUCAGGAGCCCAAUCUCGGCUCUCUAGAAGUGGGCUCAGCCUGCUUGGCGAAACAUCAUGAUGGAAUAUGGUAUGCUGCAAAAAUCACUGACAUUGACAGUGGUUACUACACAGUGAAGUUUGAGUCAUUGCUGCUGAAGGAGGCUGUCGUGGAGGGAGAUGGCAUCAUGCCACCACUGCGAAGCGAGGAAGACUCUUCCUCUCCCGAGUCUGAGGAAGACAACGUGGAUGACUCUGGCUAUGCUAAAGUGAUCGAUUCGGGGCCCUUGGAGAAUGGGGAAGGGGCUCCAGCUUGCAGUUCCUCCUUUGGUGGCUGGGAGGCCCAUACUCGUGGCAUCGGCUCCAAACUACUCGCUCAAAUGGGAUAUGAGUUUGGAAAAGGUUUGGGGAAGAACGCUGAGGGCCGAGUGGAGCCAGUGCAAGCCAUAGUGCUGCCUAAAGGGAAGUCCCUUGACCAAUGUGCUGAGAUCCUUCAGAAGAAGCAGCUGGAUCCAGCUAAGUCAAGGAAACGGCGAGUGAAGGCAAACCAUUCUGGCCGUCCUUCUGCAGGGAGCCGCAAGCCCCCCCGCAAUGUCUUUGACUUUCUGAAUGAGAAGCUUCAGGGGAAGGGCUCUGGGGAGCAGGAUGGAGGAAUGACACCAGUGGAGAGAAACAACAAGGAGAUCUACCACGCCAGUAAGAGCACCAAGAAGGCCCUCAGUGUCCGCCUCUUCCAGACAGUGGAGAAGAUUGACCAAACGCAGAAGACCAUCAGGGGAAUCCAGGAGGCCCUGGCACGCAAUGUUGGACGGCACGGUAUUGCCACGGCCCAGCUGGAGGAGAAACUAGCUGGUGCCCACAGGCAGCUGGGGCAGCUGCGGGCCCAGGAGGCCAGCCUGCAGCAGGAGCAGAAGAAAGCCGAGACACACAAGAAAAUGACUGAGUUCUAG